CACAAGUUCCUCCACAGAAGUUGAUCCCACCAGGACCCAAACUCAUUGAAGCUGGUCCCAGCAGGACCCAGCUCCACCAGGAGGUCCCCGUGUCUCCAUGGAGGCUUGGCGCCAAUGUGCCCACUGGCUGGUGGCCGCGCGCGUCCUGCCCGCCGGCCACCGGGCCAGCAGCGCCGGGGGCCAGGUGUGGGACCUGGCGCAGGCGCUGCGCGACGGGGUCCUGCUGUGCCACCUCCUCAACGCCCUCCUGCCCCGCGCCGUGCCACCGCGGGACAUCUGCCCCCGGCCACAGAUGUCACAGUUCCUGUGCCUGAGGAACAUCCGCACCUUCCUGACCGCCUGCGCCGACAAAUUCGGGCUCCCCAAGCACCGGCUCUUCGGCGCCUUCGACCUCUUCGACGUCCAGGACUUCGGCAAGGUGAUUGAGACGCUCUCGACGCUCUCCUGGACCCCCAUCGCACAGAGCAAAGGACUCACCGACACGGCCGAGGAGGACGAUGACCUCUACGACUGCGUCGAGGCCGAAGGCGACGACGGCGACGACGUCUAUGAGGACCUGAUGAGGCUGGAGCCAACCCCGGCCACGCACUUCCUGCGGCCACUGCGGCACUUCCUGAGCCCCCGGGACAUGGAGAGCGUCUUCAUCAACGUGGAGGAGCUGCUGGAGCUGCACCGCCGCUUCCUGGGGGAGCUGCGGGGGGCGCUGGGGGGGCCCGGGGGGGGGUUCCUGCUCUACGGCCGCUACUGCAGCCAGGUGGAGGCGGCGGCGCGGCGCCUGGACGAGCUCUCGGCCUGCACCGACCUGCGCAUGAAGCUCCAGGUCAGGACACCUGGAGGCCGGUCCAGGGCAGCCACGGGGACACCCCGUGGAGCGCGGUGGUCUCAGGGACGCGGUGCCACCCUUGUCCCCGUGCCCAGGUACGGCUUCCUGCUGGACAAGGCCCUGAUCAUCUGCAAGCGCCGCGGGGACUCCUACGAGACCAAGGACGUGGUGGACCUCCAGAGCCACCAACUGCACGAUGGUGGCCUCGGAGCCCGUGACGGCAAGAAGUGGUCCCACACCUUCACGCUGCUGGACGCGGCCGGGCUGCCGGGCUACGAGCUCUUCUUCAAGACGAGCGAGCUGAAGAAGAAGUGGCUGGAGCAGUUCGAGAUGGCCCUGUUCCUGGGUGGGCUCAGGUCAAUCAUGGACUGGUCAGUCAUGGACUGGUCAGUUCUGGACGGGUCAGUCAUGGACCGGUUAGUCCUGGAUGGGUCAGUCACGGACUGGUCAGUCCUGGGUGGGUCAGUCACGGACCAGUCAGUCCUGGACGGGGGCACCUUCUACCAGGGCUAUCGCUGCGGCCGCUGCCGGGCCCCCGCCCACAAGGAGUGCCUGGGGCGCCUCGGGGCCUGCGGGAAGGCCGGGAGCGGUGAGCGGCAUUGUGGGAGUGGGCGGGUCCUCGUGGGAGGUCGGAACGUGGCCAGUGGGGAGCUGGGCUGGUUCCCCCGAAGCGCCGUCAAACCUUUCGUGGCCGCGCCGCUGCCGGAUCUCUCCGUCUACCCGUGGUUCGGGGGGUCCCUGGAGCGCUCCGAGGCCGAGCUCGCGCUCUCCUCCCGCUCCGACGGCGCUUUCCUGGUGCGGCAGCGGCUGCGCGAGCCCGGAGACUUCGCCAUCAGCGUCAAGUUCCGCGGGCAGGUGAAGCACAUCAAGGUGACGGCGAGCGAGGGCCUGUACCGGGUGACCGAGAGGAAAGCGUUCCGCGGGCUGCUGGAGCUGGUGGAGUUCUACCGGCGGAAUUCGCUCCGCGAUUGCUUCAAGGCGCUGGACACGACCCUGGCCCUGCCCUACCGGGACCCCGAGAGCCGCGAGGGACCCCGAGAGCCCGGUGCCACCCGCGCGUUCGGCUCGGCCAAGGCGCGCUACGCCUUCAGCGCGCGGGACCGGACGGAGCUGUCGCUGCGGGAGGGGGACAUCGUGCGCGUCCUCAGCAAGAGGGGACAGCCGGGCUGGUGGAAGGGAGAGGUCUACGGACGGGUCGGUUGGUUUCCCGCCAAUUACGUGGACGAGGAUUUCUCGGAUUAUUGCUGAUCCCGCGGAUUAUCGCCGAUUUUCGGGAAUUAUCGCCGAUUUUCGGGAAUUAUCGCCGAUUUUCGGGAAUUAUCGCCGAUUUUCAGGAAUUAUCGCCGAUUUUCGGGAAUUGUGGCCGAUUUUCGGGAAUUAUUGCCAAUUCUGAGAAUUAUAGCUGAUUUUUGGGAAU